ACAAUCAGAUAAGAGAGCUACCCUGCGCAUUACAAGCAAUUGUUGCUAAAUGAUUCCCACAUGUGAGGUUAGGGACAUUUUUAAUCUCUGGGAGGGAAUCAAACCGCAGGGCGAGAUUCUGAAUUCACUGCAGAAACACCAGCAUGGCGUCGUUUUCUCACAGAAUCUGAGUGCAGCCCUAACGUUGUAAACGUACGUUUUAACGCGAUUAUAUAAGACAAAUAUCACGUCUAUAGGACUGACCUUCGUAACUUCAUUAAAAGCUGUUGUCAGGACGGCUCUUGCUAAGAAGAAAAGGGGUCCAUUCAUAACUAUCUUUAAAAAGGAAGGCUGAUCCAAUCAAGGCGCAAUGGCCUGUUGAAACCGGAAGCUGUUGAAGCCAUAAUAAUUUACAGCACCAAGGCAGGAAAUCCCAGGAGAAAUCUGAAAGUAAUUUUCAUCCAAAGUUUCCUUAUACGGAACACAAACGACUGUCAAGGUACAAUGCUGGGGCUUCCAGCGAUAGGUUUCAGCUUGCUUUUCCUGCUUCACCUUGUUUGGGGCAGAGCGAUCUACGAUGGAAAUGAUGUGUUCCUAGAAGAGAAGUCAGCAGGUUCGUUUCUCUCCCGUAAACUGUUGUAUAACAGCUGGGAUUUUGAGGUAGUGGUGCCUGACAAUCUACAGAGAGAAUGCAUAGAGGAAAUAUGCUCAUAUGAAGAGGCCAGAGAGGUGUUUGAAGAUGACAAAAAAACGGCUGAUUUCUGGAAAACCUAUGUCAGCAGUCACGAAUCUUUGCCGCCAGUGGAUGUGUCUGGUUUGGUAGCUGGCAUUGUGGCUGUUGUAGUAACAGCGAUUAUAGCCACUGUGUUGGGCAUUUAUUGCUAUAAAAACCGAGGCAAAAAUUCAAGAGGGGGCAGCGUUCCUGUGCGUAUAGGUGUGGAUGGGCAGCCACUACCUGAAUCUGUGCCCUUGUCUAACAGGGCUCCAGGUCUCCCCUCGUACAAUGAGGCUCUGGCCCACGGUGGCCAGCAUGAUGCACCUCCACCGCCGUACUCUGGGGGAAGUCCAUCUGAGCCACCUCAAACUCAAGAUGAGGAAUGACAAAGACAUGAUGUUGUUGGUUUUUUAAAUGGGGGGGAGGGGUGAUACAGGGUUUUAAUAGUGAAAAAGUGUAGCUUCAGUCACUAAGUUGGGUAUUUAUUACACUUAGGCUACAUGUUCCGCAGUUAACCCUAUUUUAUUCUUUCAAAUUAUUUUGCUACUAUCAUCAUGGACCAAAUUUUCAGUAUGAAAUGUGAAUACUGUCAAUAUUUCAUAAAUCAGGUUUGUUAGCUCUUUUAAAUUGUUUUAUUAAAUGUACUGUAAUUUUCAUUAUUAAUAAAAAAUAAAAUGUAGACAAAA